UUCUCCUACUCCUGGACCAUGGGUUACCCGCUGUGCAAGUUGAUCUACUACAUGCAGAGUGUGUCCUCAGUGUGCUCCGUCCUCACCUUGACCAUCAUGAGCCUGGAGAGGUGCUACGCUAUCAUCUACCCCAUGAGAGCCAUGUAUGUGUGUAGCAUCAGCAAGGCCAAGCGAGCCACUGUCAUCACAUGGGUGACGGCCUGCUGCCUCGCUACGCCCACCCUCCUGGUGCAGGUACACAUGGAGGUGGGUGAGAGGGUGCGCGCGUACUGGUGCGUGCGGGACUUCGACUCCCCGCUACUCUGGAGGAGCUACGAGACCUACAUGCUGGUGCUGGUGCUGCUGGUGCCCGCCUGUGUCAUGGCCGCAGCCUACGCCGCCAUCUGCCUGGCGAUCAUCCACAUGGUGAACGCCAGGCGCUCCAUCACCGGCAAGGGACAGAUGAUGAAGGCGGAGAGCAGCAGUGUGAACGGUCUGGCAAGCUCCCUCCAGGGUCCUAGACACCUCGAGGACAAGACUGUUAGGCAGGUGGUGCCUAUGCUGGUGGUGGUGGUGGUGCUGUUCAUAGUGUGCUGGGGGCCGGUGCUGGUGCUCAACGUGAUGCAGGCCUUCAGACUGGUGCCUCACAUUGACGUGAGCACCAAACACGUCAAGACGCUCCUCGACCUCCUCUCCUACUUCAACAGUGCCUCUUGUCUGUCACCCUUA